AAACGUGGGCGCUCUUAUGGCAACAAGGAAGCGUAAAGGGAGGCAAGAGAGAGAGAGGACGGAACGCGAACGCCUUUAACAACAAAUUGUAGUUGUCUAAUUGUACAUACUUUAGUGAUUCAAGUCGGGUCUUUUCUUUACAAGAUUGUUCUCGAAAUUAUCGACUCUUUUCCCGAAGUGUGUUGGGGUUUUAUUUUAUUUUAUUUUGGCGGCGGGUUCUCGUGUUGAGUGACGGAUUAAGUGGCUAUUUGGUCACGAUUUUUUUUAUUUGUGUUUCUUUUUUGUUACGUGGUCUGGUUUAUUUUACGUGUUGUGAUUAAGAGUUUUGGUUUAUUUGUAGGGUUCGGUUAGAGAUGUAGAGGGCUUUUCGUUCACACAGUACAGUACAAACAUACAACGCACAUACGUGACAUACAGUACAUUUACACGUACAGUGGAAGUGGAUAUUUGAAUAACUGAGCUCACGCUUGUAUCCAACACAUUAAUAUACAACUCAUUAAGUUGUAUACCACACACUUGGCGUGACAUACACACAAUACAUAGCACACGCAUACUGUACAGCACACAAGCGUAACACAACACACUUAACACGUAAUUAUCUACCAUUACACGUAGACCAGUUAAAACUCCAGUGCUGUUUGAUCAAGUGAUUGCUUACCGAGAGAACAUUUAUCCUUCGUAUCUAGUGCUGCAGUAUUUAAGUGUAGAACUGUAGUGUAAAUUAAAAUUCGUAUUGUAAACAUCGCGAAUUGGACCAUUACCCAGUAUAAGCUGUACGUGUAACUUUAAUAUACUUGUGAAAUAUAGUGUACAUCAAAUACAAUAAUACAAGUUAUACAAAACGUACAUUCUUCCCAAAAAAUACAACUAUACACGUAAAUCCUUACUUUAAACUAGACAGGCUAUUUUACAAACAUUGUUCAUAAUACAUAGUGGCACAAAUAGACACCAAACACAUUACACGUCUUCAGCCCAUAAACUUACCACAUCCACACACAAACAACACGCCACGCACGGGCAAGACAACUCAUAUAGUUUAGCCCCAGGGUGAGACGAUCAUCCAGCAUGGCCCUGUCAGAUCAGUCUCAGGUGUGGUUCCCCACACACGUGCAGGUCACCGUGAUCCAGUCUCGAGGUCUUAGAAUCAAGGGCAAGCAGGGCCUCAAUGACGCCUACACCCUCAUCCAGCUGGGCAAGGAGAAAUACUCCACCUCGGUGGCCGAGAAGACUCUGUGUCCACGCUGGCAGGAAGACUGCACAUUCGAGGUGCCUGCGGACGCCUCUUCGGCCAAGAAGAGCACCCUGGUGCUCACGGUGAUGCACCGAGCCCUGGUGGGUGGUGACAAGUUCUUGGGCCAAGUCACCCUGCCGCUGCGUGACAUCUACCAGGACAGCACACGCAAGAAGACCCAGUGGUACAAGUUGGAGUCGAAGCCCGGCAAGAAGGAGAAGGAGCGCGGCGAGCUCGAGGUCAACAUCCAGUACAUGCGCAACAACCUGACGGCCAGCAUGUUCGACCUGUCGCUCAAGGACAAGAAGCGCACGCCGUUCGGCAAGCUGCGCGACAAGGUGUCCGGCAAGAAGAAGGAAGGCUCCAAGGGCGGCGAGUCCUCCUCGGCCGUCGUGUCAUCUUCGGCCGCGAUGGACAGCGACGAGGAGGGGCAUGCACCUGACGUUGAGCAGAAGAAAAAGAAGACCAAAACCCUGAGCCUGUUUUCCAAGUCAAGCAUGCAGAAGGGCUCUGUGUCCCAGUCGAUGCUUACUCUCCCCACGAGCAAGGGGCUCGGCAGCCUGGCCUCCCUCUCUCCGUUUCGCCACCACGGCCGUCGGGAGAGCAGUGGCACUGCGUCCGUCAACUCUGACUCAGAUUCUGUCGGAGGCAGCAACCCUAAUCUGGCCGACAGCCCCGAUGGGUCCCCAGGCGCUUCCAAGUCUGACGCCGAACCGCACCCCGGGCUAAGCACUUCUCCCCUGGCCUCCACCGAAGUGCAGUCUACUCACCGCCGGCACGUGUCGCUCACGGGCAUCGAGGAGGAGGAGGGCAACCGAGAAGGCCUGCCGGGGAAAAGCAAGAAGAGCACCAGCAGCGGCGGCAGUAACCCGUUUGGGAGCGACGACCUGGGGGACGCGAACCCCUUCGCCAACAAGAAGGGGGCAGACGACCCGGCACACAAAAACCCCUUUCAGGAGAAGUCGCCCCCUUCAGGGUCUGCGUCUUCAGCCCCCGCAAAAAAAUCGGAGGAAAAGAAAAGUCACUCUUCAGGGUUCUCCCUGCCGAGCCUCACCAAGUCGUCCAGCAAACCGCCCAAGGUGCCCGAGCAGUCCAAGCACGCGGAUGCGGAACAGCCCAAGAAAGAGUCGGGCAAGAAGCUCAAGCUGCCUUUCUUCUCGACGCCAGACAGCAAGGCAGAGUCCGCCCCCGAGAGCUUGCCGGCCGCCACAAAGCACCCGGCAGAGGAAGUGGCGACGCGGGAAAGCCCAAGGCCCAGCGUGGCGGUUAACCCGUUCACCAUGGAGGGCAAUGACACGGAAACUGUGACGAAGCCAGGCACACCACACCCCAUCAAGCCCAUGCGAAUCAGGGCAGUGGAACUUCCCUCCAACUCCAGCCCUGUUGCAGCCCCGAGGGAGACAAGAAAUCAAGGCAAGCGGCCGGCACCGGCGGUGCCCGGCGGCUUACGGAUGAACGACAAGGACUUGGCGACGGAGAUGCGCGAGAGCCAGGGAGGCCAGGACGAAGGGCCCUACGCGCACCUGACGCGUGCCGAGCUCGUGCAGCUGCUGACACGGCAGCAGGCGGAGCUGGUGGACCGAGAGCAGCGCAUCCACGCCAUGGAGGACUACAUCGACAACCUGCUGGUGCGCGUCAUCGAGGAAACCCCCGCCAUCCUGCGGCAGCCAGAGCGCGGCGCGGGCCGCAAGGCCGGUCGGGUGUGGUGACCUUGCAGAGGUUCACCUCUGACGCCAUCCCAUCCCACACGUGUCACCCUUCUUUAUUUGUCCCACGUGAAAGAGACACGUGACGUCGGUCGACUACGUUGGCAGUGGUGUUACGAGCCCAGGCUGGUAAAAACCUCACCACCGUCACCAUCAAUGCUGUCUUUUUAACAAACAAGCAAUAAUUGUGUGUAUCCAGAGCAGAGAGCCAUUGCCCCAAAACGCUAGCUUACUGCACUGUAAUUCUGUUGUAAGCAGUGCUAAUGAUGAUGGUGGUGAGUUUUUUUUUUUUUGUUCAGCCUCGGCUUAGAAAUUGACAAAUUCUCGGGCGAGCACCAUCGAGGGCACGCUGAGCUCAACGGAGAAACUCCUCUUGGCAUGAUGCUCUCCCAUUGCAAUGUCGUAAAAUUAGUAGUUCAAGAAGGAGCGUGGUUAAGUAGCAGGGGGGGGGGGGGGGGGCGCCCCAAACCAAUCCCUAAUCCCCCUGCGAGCUGUGCAGGUGGUGCUGAGACGUACAGUGGAGACGGCGAUAGGGUUGAGCGCUGCAGGUGCUGAGCUGAGCGGCUGUCCCUUGAAAGCCACCAGCCUCCUGCCCCUUCUCUUCCGCCACUCUUCAAACAGCUCCUGUUUUUCUCUCUUUCGUACCUUCCUUCCCUUUACCUCGGCUCCGCCGCGCCUUGGAAACCCCCUCUCUCUGUGAGAUAAUCUUCUGUGCCUGCCCCUGUGGUGACCACACGGCCGCUCCCGACUCUCUAAUCGGCUGUGGGAGGAUGCAGCCGCGAAGUUUCGCUGUGAAGCGUGCUGUGCGGAGCAGCGCGCCGCGUUGGCAAUUAUAAACGGUGCCUUCACAGCGCAUGUCGCGAGACACUGGGUGGGGGCGGUGGUAGUUUUUAAAACGCUGGCGCGACCACUGACAAUGAAUGCUCACUGGGGAAAUUGGUGCGCGGGGUGUGCGGCAUUCUUCCAAGAUUCAAAUACUGUAUCCUGCUUCCUUGCACGUUUUGAUUAAAACAAUAAUUUGUGGGUUUAAAUCUCACAAAGAUUAACGUAUAAAAACUCGUUCUUUCAGCAUUUAGUCUUAAAAUUUGGCGUAUCUGAUGAAAUGUAAGGGGUUUUUUUUUUCCUCUAUCCCAAAAAUACAAAUUGUGUAACCGUCGUGUAACAAUGAUGAUGACAAAGGGUGCACAGUGGUCUUCGUGCAGAUGCAAUUAAUUUUUAUCCUGGAAUGUUAUAUACCAAAGGGCUCUCUUGAUAAUUAUGCACUGUUAGUACAACGUCCAAUAUGCUGUUCUCUUGAGUUCACCGAAUGCUGAUGGUGAUUUGUUUUUGUUCAACUACUGUUUUGAGCGCCGCCUUGGUUCUGUUGCGCUACGGAUUAACUGUUAGCACCCCAUGCAAUUUGUAAAGCAUAUGCUGAGAUUUCCUCCAGUGCGUCUGAUUGCGGUUGCUCUCCAACAACGGGGGAUCACGUUGGAAUGUUUUGCCUCAUUACUAAGUAAAGUGGCCUCCUGCACAAAAGCCUUGAAGAAUGAAGUGCAAGAUUUGUCGCACUAAAAAUUAUACACUGGCUUCACCUUACAUUACUGAUAUUUAAAUGAAUUCCAUGAAUAAAAAGAAAUAACAACAGACUUCUGUUACAUGUAUACGGUAUAUUACAGUGUAGGCUGACGAUAUGUCUGUAAUUGGUGGCGUGGUUGCAAUUGUGCUGUUUGUGACAUGUCAGAAAGACACUGGAGUGCUGGACUGGCAUAUGGGGCCAGUAGAAAUCUCAUAAAACACUAAUAAUAAUUAGAAAUAGUUUUGUGUGUUCACUUUGUCUCACUACCUUACGGGUUUUGUACUUUCAGUGUUCGGUUUUGUCUCACACUUGUAAGAGCAAAAUGAACUUUGUUUGGCUGGUACAGAGAAAAAAGGUAUGCGUCUACUGAGAUUACAUCUCGACUAUUGCCAUCAGGUUCCUCAUACAGCGUUGGCUUUUUUGGCAAAAAAAACAUCGUGUCCCAACCCACGUGGCAUGUGCAUGUUCAUGCUGCAUAAUGUCAGAGAUUCUCUGUGUACGUGAGUCCGUGUUUGCUUACUUGAGGGAUUUUUUUUUCAAAACCGUACAGGAUAUUGGUUUGUAUUUGUGGUUAAACCGGUGAAAAUUAUUAUCCGUGGAAGCAAACUCGGUGCACCCUUCAGCAAAGUCAUUUGAAAAACAAGCUGAUUUUUGGCAUGCAGACGGAUGGCAUUUUUUUCAUCGAUUGCCAUUUAAAUGUUUCGUACGGAUGACAUUUCAAAUAAAGCCUUCACGUGAUAUACAUGACUAUAAUGAGAUUAAUUACAAAUCAAAGGAAGUGUGAGGCAAAAUAAAUCCUGACUUAAUAUUGUACAAACACUGGUUUUGUUUCUUGCUUGUUCAUUAAACCAAAAAUGAAAUUCAAUUUGAGUUCAACCAAUGUAGUCAUUUGAGAGAUUUCUAUUGGCUCCCAAUAAUUUCCUUUGUUAAGUUCAAAUGUUGCUUUCGAGCGUGGAGAACAUUCCGUUGGUUUCUGAAGUAAUUUCUGUAUAUUCUUAUGUUCCUAAAAUGCUUAUAAUUGUCGUUAGCACAAGUAUCGUUUGCUUAGGAAAUAUAUCCUUUCACAGAAAUUAUAUAAAUAUUUAAAAUUCGGUGGACGUGUAGGCGUAGUUUCUGCAAGUACACAAUAUUAAUGUACAACUCUAUUUAAAAGUUGACUGUAGUCUUCCCUCUAAUUGAUGACUCACGCCAAAUGACCUACAAUAACAUGAAACGAUUAAAUAAUUACUUGUAUAUUGAGUGCCUUCAUAUCGGACGUAUGGCGUUUGUAACACAACCUAUGCAUGGACAAAUAUCGAUUGGAUCUUAGUCACAAUAUGGUGAAGGAGGUAUGUUGGAAAGUGGUUUAUUAUUAAUAAAGUAUUUUAUUCUGUAAAA